CUUUUUCCCUCUUUUCCAUUUAUAAAAUAAACGGCCAAAAUAGAACUCCGCAGAGAACAGCCCGUGUGUGAAAAUAUGCGAAGGUUUUUUGGCAUAGGCUCCACCGGAGACUCGCCGCAGCAAGAUUCUCCGUCACCGUCACCGUCACCGUCACCGCCGACGUCUCCGUCUCCAUCGCCUCCACAGCGGUCCUCUAUCAAUGUCGCUACGGGACCAGCGAGACCGAUACGUUUCGUUUAUUGCGAUGAGAAAGGAAAGUUCCAGAUUGAUCCCGAAGCCCUAGCGGUACUUCAGCUUGUCAAAGAACCAGUUGGCGUUGUCUCCGUUUGCGGUCGCGCUCGUCAAGGCAAGAGCUUUAUAUUAAACCAGCUUCUUGGGAGGAGCAGUGGCUUUCAAGUAGCACCAACUCAUCGCCCAUGUACCAAAGGCAUUUGGUUGUGGAGUGCACCUUUGCGAAGAACAGCUCUUGAUGGAACAGAAUACAACCUUCUACUUCUGGACACAGAGGGAAUAGAUGCUUAUGAUCAAACGGGAACAUACAGCACGCAAAUAUUCUCCUUGGCGGUCCUCCUCUCAAGUAUGUUCGUUUAUAACCAGAUGGGUGGUAUUGAUGAAGCUGCGCUUGACCGCCUCUCUCUGGUCACUGAAAUGACUAAGCAUAUACGUGUUAGAGCCUCUGGAGGAAGGACCAGUGCCUCUGAGAUUGGACAGUUCUCCCCAAUCUUUGUUUGGCUGCUAAGGGAUUUUUAUUUGGACUUGGUUGAGGAUAAUCGCAAGAUAACACCACGGGACUACCUAGAGCUUGCUUUGCGGCCAGUUGAAGGUGGCCGGAGAGAUGUAACCGCUAAAAAUGAGAUUAGGGAGUCCAUUCGUGCUCUUUUCCCUGACAGAGAAUGCUUCACCCUUGUGCGGCCACUGAGCAAUGAAAAUGAGCUCCAACGGCUUGACCAAAUACCUUUGGAAAAAUUGAGGCCAGAGUUUAAAGCAGGUCUUGAUGCAUUGACAAGAUUUGUUUUUGAGAGGACUAGACCGAAGCAAUUUGGAGCUACUGUAAUGACAGGACCAAUAUUUGCCCGUAUAACUCAGUCCUUCCUCGAUGCUCUUAACAAAGGGGCAGUGCCCACAAUUACAUCUUCAUGGCAGAGUGUUGAGGAAGCUGAGUGUCAAAGGGCAUAUGAUUUGGCUGCUGAAAUGUACAUGUCUUCUUUUGAUCGUUCUAAGCCGCCGGAGGAAGCAGCACUAAGAGAAGCACAUGAAGAUGCUGUCCAGAAGUCCAUGGCUUCAUUUAAUAGUACAGCUGUAGGGGCUGGAUCCAUCAGAACCAAAUAUGAGAAACGUCUCCAGAAUUUCAUAAAGAAAGCAUUUGAGGACAUUAGAAAGGAUGCUUUUCGGGAGUCUUCUCUACAGUGUUCAAAUGCGAUACAGGACAUGGAAAAUAGAUUGAGAAAGGCAUGUCAUGCUCCUGAUACAAAAGUAGAUACUGUGCUAAAAGUUCUUGAUGAUUCUGUGUCCAAAUAUGAAGCAAUGUGUCAAGGUCCUGAAAAAUGGAGAAAACUACUUGUCUUCAUACAACAAAGUUUAGAAGGGCCACUUCUUGAUCUCAUUAAAAAACAAAUAGACCAAAUUGGGUCAGAGAAAACUGCUCUUGCAUUGAAGUGUCGUUCCAUCGAGGAUAAGAUGAGUUUCCUUAACAAACAACUGGAAGCUAGUGAGAAGUUUAAAUCUGAAUAUUUGAAGCGCUAUGAAGAUGCCACCAGUGACAAGAAGAAGCUUGCAGAAGAUUAUGCAAGCCGUAUUGCAAAUUUGCAGAGUAAACACAGUGCAUUAGAAGAAAGAUAUACCAGCUUAGCAAAAGCAUUAGAUUCUACUAGACUCGAGUCUAUGGAAUGGAAAAGGAAAUAUGAACAGGUACUCUCAAAGCAGAAGGCUGAGGAGGAACAGUCAAAUGCAGAAAUAAGUAUUCUGAAGGCGAGAACUAGUGCUGCCGAAGCCAGGGUUAAUGCUGCCAAAGAGCAAGCUGAAUCAGCUCAAGAGGAGGCAGAGGAGUGGAAGCGUAAAUAUGACAUUGCUGUCAAGGAAGCAAAGAAUGCUCUUGAGAAGGCAGCAGCCAUCCAAGAGCGCACUAACAAGCAAGCACAAAUGAGAGAAGAUGCUUUAAGGGAUGAAUUUUCGAGUACCUUGGUUAAUAAGGUAGAGGAGAUUAAGGAGAAGGCAUCAAAGCUUGAGCAGGCUGAGCAGCGUUUGACAACAUUAAAUUUGGAGUUGAAGGUUGCGGAGUCAAAGAUAAAGAACUAUGAUCUGGAAGUAUCAUCCUUAAAGCUUGAAAUUAAGGAAUUAGGUGAAAGGUUAGAGAACAUCAAUGCUACUGCACAAUCAUUUGAAAGAGAAGCUAGGAUUCUGGAACAGGAGAAAGUCCAUCUGGAGCAGAAGUAUCGGUCUGAGUUCAGUAGAUUUGAAGAUGUCCAGGAUAGAUGUAAAUCAGCUGAAAGAGAGGCGAAAAGAGCAACUGAGCUGGCUGAUAAAGCAAGGGUCGAAGCAGCUACUGACCAGAAAGAGAAGAGUGAAAUCCAUCGAGUAGCUAUGGAAAGAUUGGCUCAGAUUGAGAGGCACAAGAGAAGUAUAGAAAACUUGCAGAGGCAAAAAGAUGAAUUGGCUAAUGAAGUAGGGAAGCUUCAUGCAUCUGAGUUUGAUGCGCAGUCAAAAGUUUCAAUACUGGAGGCCAGAGUUGAAGAAAGGGAAAAGGAAAUUGAGUCACUUCUGAAAUCAAAUAAUGAACAGAGAGCCAGUACUGUGCAAGUCCUUGAGAGUCUGUUGGAGACUGAGCGUGCUGCACGUGCAAGCUACACAAGGAAAGUUGGACCUUCUUCAGCAACAGUUAACUGCAGUUCGGCUGAAUGA